UCCAGCUCAUCAAACCAGCAAAAAAUGUUUCUUUUCCUUGGAUUGGUUUCCUGCCGCCUCAGCAAGCUGAAUCAGCUUACCGAGGGCUGAGCCGAGUGCCAGAGCCGGCACGAAGGAAGCUGUGGCCCUGAGGGGCUGACAGUGGAAGAGGAACACCUAGGGAAAAAAACCCUAUGGAAAAAAUGUAUUGUCCUGGCUGUGUUGAGUUUAAGCUGUUUGAGUGCUACGCAAGCACAAAGAGGUAUCAAGCACAAGCGUGAUAAAAUUUGAAAAUGCUGUCCUAUGAAACUAUCUUAUUGAUCAAGAUUCUAACAGACGCUGCAGUUGAGGUCUCGUCUUCCGAGCAUUUCAUGACCUUUUACACAAGGCGAUGCAACACCACGGAGCAUCCGAAACGCCGCCUGCGGCUGACAAGCGUGCCCGCGUAUCGCUCCGCUGACUUUCUCAGCGACGGGCGGGAAGCUGCAGCACUCGGCAGCUCCGGAGGAGAGCAAAGGCACCGGCCAGCCCCUCGCAAAGCCUGCCCCGCCGCCGGGCUCACUCUCCCGCGGGGGCUCCGUAAAGUCUCGCCAGUGGAUGUAACUCGGUUUAUCGCGGGCUGCCGCUCAGCCCUGCCGCUGCAGGUCGCGGGGGUCCCGGGACCCGCUCCCGGCUCGGCGGCGAGGGGAGGUCGGAGGGGACGCGAGUGCCGGGCGGCAUCGCCCGGCCCGCAGGCGGCGGCGGGCGCGCCUGCGCUCGGCCGCGCCGCCCGGGGAGGCGGAGGCGGCCGAGGGGGACCGGGCGUUGGGUGACAGGCGGGGCGGGGGCGCUGGGCCCGGCUGGCUCCCCGGCUCGGCCGCCGGCCGCCCCCCCGCGCCGGAGGCACGGUGAGUAGCACCCCGCCCCCCCCUCCGCCCCGUCUUUCUUCUCCGCGGCGGCCGGGAAGAGGGCGCCCGGUGCGCCCCGCCGGCUCCCCCGCCCUGCCCGCUGCCCACCCUCCGGGGGCGGGGGGAGAGCCGCCGCUGGGCCGCCGUUGCCCGGGCUGCCGCUACUUCCCCCCGCCCCUCCGCGCCGCCGCACCGAGCAGGCGGCGGCGGGGAGACAAAAGCGGACAAAGGAGGCAAAACGUGUGUUUCGCUGCCGGGGUAGGCAGGGCUGGGCUGGGCACCACUCGUUGCUCGGCGGUCCCGCGUCUCCGCGGGCACGGGGGGCGCCCGGGCGAGCUGGGGCGGCGAGGUCGGCGCCGGGGUGCCGGCUCCCGGGGUGCCCGACGCCGCUGCCCCGGCAUCGGCUUUGUUCCCCUCUCCGCCGCCCGCUGCCGCUCCCCGGGCCGCCGAGUUGUAGCGGAGUAUUUAUUUCAGCGUGUUUAUUUUUAGGCUGGAAAAUAAAAGGCUUGGCACGGCGACCUUUGGCUGUCGCAUGCGGCGCCAAAUAAAAGGGUCGCGCUCCGGCCGAGGCCCGCGGACGUGUAUGUCCGCCCCUGCUCUUACGUAAAUCCACGUGCUGUCCCCAAGGUCGCGGCCCGCGGGGCGCUCCCGCGACCCCCCGCCUCCCGUGGGGGCGGCGGGCGCUUCUCGGAGCUCAAGGCAGACCCCGGGGUCGGGUGGGCAGAGGCCGGGGCGGCGGGGAGGGGCGGGGGGGGCGCUGGGGCUCGGCGCCGCUGACCUCCCGUGCUUGCUCUCCGCCCCGCAGAUCGGCAGCCCCCCCCCCCCCCCGGAGCUCUGUCACCGGCGUCGGCGGCGCGGAGCGAGGAGGAUGCGGGCGGCGGAGCGGCGGCGGCGGGCGGCGCUCCCCCGC